AUGAGCAAGAAAUCUAAUGGUUGGGAUUACAUAUUUGGCUCGGAUUUAGGUCAAAGACAAGUCAAUGAUAAUGAUAAUGAGGAGGAUGAGCAGCAGCAGCAGCAGCAGCAGCGGCAGCGGCAGCGGGAGGAGGAGGGGGAGAAACAGGAGAAACACCAACAUAGGCGUUCAAGCAGACGAAAAACUGACAAGUCAAAUCAAAUUAUUCUAAGACGACAAAGUGAUCAGUUUGAGGUAAAAGUAAGUGAUACCAUUCUAGUCAAUUAUGAAAAUGAGACACUUUCUGCCUUGGUUAGGGACAUUCGAUUUGGCGCAAGUGAAAUUCCUGAAGUUUUUGUUCUUUGGUUCAGUAAUAAAGAAGAAGUCGAGGAUACUUCCUCAGUUGAAAUUUUGGAGAAUGAAAUAUUUCUCACUCCUUACUUGGGAGAGGUUAAGUUGAAUGAUAUAAUUGCUGAUGUCAAGGUAUUAUCGGAGCAAGAAUUUAAGGAGAUUGUGAUUGAUGAGUCAAACAGUCGGAAAACAUUUAUGUGUCGGAGAGCUACUAAUGAAAAGGACAAAUUUUCAAAGAUAUUCGAUUACAAUGAUAUUAUUAAGCUUCUUCUCCUGAACCCAGAUCGGUUUGUAGGUUUAUUGAAGGAAAUGCUCCUCAAACGAGACAAUAAAGAGAAUAGCUGUCUUGCAGUAAAGAAAAAGCCUUCAAAGUUGGAAAACAAACAGAAUUUAGACUCGAGUAGUGAUGAAGAGGCUUCAGUUGAAAGCGAUGAUGGAUUUCUAAUUGAUAGUGAUGAAGAGGCUUCUGUUGAAAGCGACAAUGGAUUUUUGAUUGAAAGUGACAAAGAUAGUGAUAUCUACAAAGAGAAAGCUGACAAAGGCAAAUUAUUAUCUACGCCCAAUAAAAGGCAGGCUUCAGCCAAACUGCCGUCUUCAAAGAAAACUAUACCCCAACCUAAAGGAACGCCUAAAAAGUCAAGAGUAGACUCUAAAAUUGAGGAGGUUUAUUCUAUAUUGACUCCUCGAAAAAGAAUGAGAGUAGCCACGGGACAAACUCCGUUGCCAUUACUCACUUCUCCGACUAAACCCAAAGAUCAACUUCAUGAUCCUAAAUCGGAAGCUUUUACAGAGUUAAGAGCUAGGUUGCAUACUUCGCAACGGUUACUGUCGCUUCCCGGUCGCGAGGAUGAAUUUAUGUCUAUCUGGGCUAAUUUAGAAAGUGCUAUCAAUGAGGGUAGUGGGUGUUGCAUAUACGUUAGUGGAGUGCCUGGUAUGGGGAAGACAGCUACAAUCAAGGAAGUGAUUCGUCAAAUGUCCGAGCUAGCUGACACUGACACCGGAGAAAUAGGCAAGUUUGAUUUUCUUGAAAUUAAUGGACUAAAGCUAUUAUCACCGACGGUCGCGUAUUGUAUGCUCUGGGAGCAAAUCACUGGAGGCGAUCGCAUAGUUGAUGCCAAUGCAGUGAUAUUACUAGAAGAAUACUUUAAAAAAGAGGAUACCUCAAGAAGGCCCUUGGUUGUGUUGAUGGACGAACUCGAUCAAAUUGCCCAAGGAAAACUGAAUGUUAUGUAUAAUUUCUUCAACUGGCCAACUUACAGUACUUCCAAAUUGAUUGUUAUUGCGGUUGCAAACACGAUGGACUUGCCUGAACGAAUGCUUUCAAAUAAGGUCUCAUCUAGAAUGGGCUUGCGAAGAAUACAAUUUAAAGGUUACACUUUUGCACAACUAGGCGAGAUCAUCAAACGCCGGUUGGAUGAUCUUACCAAGAAUAGCAAGUACAAGGUUAUUGUUGGUGAAGAUGCCAUUGGCUUUGCCUCGAGGAAAGUUGCAAGUGUGAGCGGUGACGCUCGCCGAGUUUUAACGAUUUGCAGGAGAGCAGCGGAAAUAGCCGAAAAGCAGUACUUGGAGGAGCAAGUGGGGCAGCAGGAAGAGAAUAGCGAUACUUAUCAAGUAUCAAUAUCGCAUAUUUCCCAGGCGAUAAACGAGAGUGUUAAUUCACCAUUGGCGCAGUAUCUUACUGCUUUACCAUUUGCAUCAAAACUAUUUUUGUCAGCGAUGUUAAGGCGCAUGAGGCGGAGCGGAUUAGCUGAGAAUUCCAUUGGAGAUUUAGCAGAAGAGAUGAAAAAUGCGAUAGCCAUGUCCGUUACCUCGAAUCCUUUUAGAACAGACACUUCGAUGCACGAUUUGCUAUAUACCAACAAGGGAGGAGUUGGAAGCCAAAUCAAGGUAAACUUGCGAAUACACAACUUCGACUAUAUAUUGAACUCAUUGGUAGAGGCUGGUAUAGUUAAUCAGCAAAACACUUUAAGCGAAAGAAAGAGGUUGGUUUUGUUAAAUGUGAGUGAAGAAGAAUUGGUUUCAGUAAUGAAGAGAGAUCAAGAAGUGUCCCAGUAUUUAUAG